UCUCUCCCCCAUAGAGCGCAGCAUGAGCGCUCCGCGGCAAAAAGGAUGUGUGAGCAGGCAGCGCGCUACUGUCGGGACGGAGUCCACAAACUGCUCAACAAAGAACAAGGCAAACUUCGCGCCCAGGAGACCCGAGAGAACCGCGAGCAGCCGCCGCCGCAGCCGCCGCAGCAGCCGCCGAACCCCGCAGCCGUAGCCGGUCAGGACAGCGAGUCCGCGACGGCAGCGCAGUCCGGAAACAGCGGCGCCCAGCCCGGUGGAAUCGACGGGCUCGUCCGCUGGAUAGUCACCAAGAUGAGCGACAACAAGAACAUCGCCAGCCGGGAGUACGCGUCCAGCAAGGAGGACGUGGCCGUGGCGCAGGAGCAGUUCUUCGCGCCGGAGCCGCGCAGAGGCAUCUCCGUCAUCCUGGAUAUAUUCAGGAGAGCUGACAAAGACGAUGAUGGUAAGCUGUCUCUGGACGAGUUCCAGGCGUUCUUCUCCGACGGUACGCUGAACGAGGAGGAGCUGGAGAAGCUGUUUCACACCAUCGACUCUGAUAACACCAGUAAUGUUGACACCAAGGAACUCUGUGACUACUUUGCCAAACACAUGGGGGACUACGAGGGAGUUCUGGCCUCGUUGGAAACACUCAAUCUCUCCAUCCUCAAAGCCAUGGACUUCACCAAGAAGGUUUACGAGAGAGGAACCAACGUGGAGCAGUUUGUGACUCGUUUCCUCCUGAAGGAAUCAGCCAAUCAGAUCCAGUCUCUGCUGAGCUCUGUGGAGAGCGCCGUGGACGCGAUCGACGAACAGCACAGCCAAUCAGGUCAUCUACCUGCCAAGGUGAGUCCACGUAUUCCCGAGAGGCGCAAUGAAAACACCGUCCCUGACUAUCCCCCAAACAACAGAGUCAGCCCCAGGGAGGCAGUCAGGACCAUCAACACUGCUUCAGGUGCAGUGGAGGUGAGGAAAGAAGGUCUGGAGGCGCAGAUCAACCGUCUGGCUGAACUCAUCGGUCGACUGGAGAAUAAGAGCGUCUGGUUGGAUCUGCACCAGAGGCUAACAGACACAGAUGGCACCACCAGCGCAUCCUUGUGGCUGAUUCGUCAGGAGAUGGUGGUUUCCCAGAAGAAGCUCGGCGAGUUCUGCGAGGCUCUGAAGCAGUACCUGAAGAACGUCUCCGCUCAGAGAGACUGCUUUCAUGUGACCGCGGUGCGUCUGCCGGACGGUUUAUCCUUCGUCGUCUACGAGUUCUGGGACGGAGAGGAGGAGUGGAAGAGACACCUCCAGUCCGCCCCCAACAAAGCCUUUCAGCAUGUGAAGGUGGACACGCUGUGCCAGCCGGAGACCGUGUCCUCCGUAGCCGUGCCAGCCGCCUGGUGCAGCGUGAACAGGGACUGAGCACGAAGAUUUUCCGCAGCACGCCAAGACUCCUGGACGCUCCUCGCCUCCUCUUUCAACCCGCCCUGCGUCCCCCUCCGACCCUUUGACCCACUCUCACGCCCCCUUUUUCCUUUCUCUCCUCCUCUGUCGACCCCUCACAUUCCUCAACUCUUUUUGUACGUCCAUGUUUACACAGUGCAAAUCAAUGGCGUCGACUGCAGUGAAAAUGAAAACAAUGUGAGAUUACUUAGACGGCGUUUCGUGCGUCUCGCCACGGCCGCCUGCUGGUUUCCGGAGUUUGGGAUUAUUUCAUGUUCAUGUUUCAAGUAGCUUCGAGCCACCGGUGAGGUGGAGUGUGUGAUGUAGCAAGGACCCCGGGUGGAGUUUCUCAUGUAGCGGCUUCUUCUUCAUUUCUUCUUCACUCCUAUUUACCACCGAACGCUUUCCUUCAGCUGCAUGUAGCCGUCAUUUCAUUGUAGCUGCUCCUUUCCACAUUUGCCCCUCGUUUGCAUUGUACUCCCAUAAAUCCUGCCGCUUUAGUUGGUGACCAGACACAUCGGACGUUAUUCUCACACCAGCCGUCGUGAACUCGCGUCGACAUCGAAACAGGCCGAGUCGCCACGACAGCUUAGAAAUCUCAGGAACGAGCCGAGCGUGUGGAUUCAGCUUGACGGUCAAAUGACUGUCAGAGAGCGACUCUGGUCUCCUGACUCGACCCGUCGUGAUCGAUGUGGGGUCGGACCUAAAUGUUGGAAACCACAGAUACGCGAUGGUCCCAUCUUGUGCCAUGUCCACUGACUCACUAACGCGAUAUGACAUAAUCAUGAGCAACCUUUAUUUUAACAUCAUCAUCAACCUGCGUGUCACCAUUGGUAGAUUCUCUGUCGUGGGCAAAUUUGACCUUAUUUUGCAAUGUCAGAGGGGACAGAGACUUUAUGAAAGUAAGACUGACUCUGAUCAGAAUAAGGGAGGAGAUAAGACAUAUCUGACAAAAAAGCAUCAGCUCCAAGGAGAAUUUUUUCAAAAUCAAAUUUUGGGAGGGGGGGGGAGUAACGUUUUCAUACCCGGUAUAUUUUACAAUAUUAGUUGAAAAAUGAAAAGCUUUUCGACAACCUGAGAAGUUCACGACGGCCGCUGUGGGAGUAAUGUCUGUGACGGUACGAUAACGCACACUUAGCAUGUACGACGCUGAACGCAGCAAUUGUCACGAGCGACAAAAGCCCCUCAGAUGCGACACGUGGAGAAACAUUUACCUUCAUUUCUUUAAGUGGCUUUUGUUUCGUUGGACACUUUGGGGUUUCAGAGCUGAAUCUCUUGGGAAGUGACCUCGGGGUCAUUCUAAGGGGGUGAAAUGAAAAAGAAUCCUUGUGCUGUCUGAGGACGUCAACGCGCGUUCGCUGCUACGUUGAGACAGAGAAGAGGAAGUGGAGAGAGACGGGCAGCACCUCGCUGCUCUCCACGCAGCUGCACAUUGAACUAUUUCUGCCCUCUGUUUGUGUGUUGUCUGAAAUUCGGCGAUGGGUAGAUAAUUAGCCGUGCGAGUCUAGUAGAGAUUGUACAUAGUGCAAAUGUCGUUCUAUUAUGAUUAUAUUUGUGUUCAGUAUUAACACAUGUUGUCCUCAGUGCGCGUGGCAGUGGCUUUGCGGACGCUGUUCGUCUUCUCUAAACAGUUUCUUUGAAUCCGAACGCCUGCCAUCAGAAGCAGAUACACCUGAAUGACACUGAAUAUAAAGCCUUAAACAUCACACGCCAGAGGAGGUUUUUCACAAAGCGUUUAAUAAAAGACGACUUGCCUUUUCUUUUCUUUUUUUAUGUAACGUGAACUCCCAGGAAGCAGGGAAAUGUCCACAAGACAGCGUUUAGUUCUUCUGUGCACCAAACUUAUGCAUUUAUGGACACAUCGUGGGAAUAAUUAACCUCGACUUUAAAACACGACUUCUGGCGUCUAUAUUUCCACCGUUGAGCCCAAACGUGCAAACACCAUGAAAGUAUAAAAUCCUCCUUCACCUGCCUCUCAGCCGUCAGAAUCGAGUCACUGGGUGUGUUCUUUGAAAAACCCUAUCUGAGCAUAUUCAUAAUCUUAUGUGGCCAAAAAGGAAAAAUACAAUAUUGAUCAAUGAAGGUCUCAUGCCUAUCGUUCCACAUCCAAGACAAAUACAUGCAAGUAGACUGACACCUCUUCACUAAAUCACACAAAUGUGUCUUCACAUCGACUGUACUUGCAGCCCCGUCUUUUUUCUUCAGUCCAUUACGUACUGGGACGCAUUGUUGCAAACCAGAAUUACUGUAAACAAACCAGUCAAGGUUACGUUUUCUCACAUUUUUCGGUUGGUGGAUUUGUUGGAGAUUGAUCUGUCCUGACUCCCGUCCGCCCCGGUGAUGAACCGACACCGCCACAACAAUCAGACUCUCAUUCAGAAAGCACAAUGUAAAAAAAAGGAGAAAAAAAAGUGAAUAUUGUGACUAGAAGAUGAAGUAUAUUAGAGGUUAUUGAGUAUGAUGAGAGUAUUUAGAUAUAUAUAGUAUUAUUAUAUAUAGUAGUACUGUUUAUCUGGUUUUAAGAUUUAUUGACGAAUCACUUCUUUCUAGCUACGUUCAAAAGGUGCCAUCUUACAGUCCGCCUCACUGUUGGGUCUAUUUUCUCUCUUUCGUUAGUGAACGACAGCCUCAUGACAGAUAAUAAAAAACGCCUGCGCACCGUUUGGCGUCUUUUAGAGCGCUGGGCUGCGUUGAGCGGGGCAGAGAUAGGUGCAAUGCGGAAGUAUUGAAUAAAACUACACGUCCUGUGAGAGACAUUUGUAUGACAAUAAGCUCGUGGAACAUGCAUGCUUUGCUGCUUCAGCUACGAAACUAAUAUCGGAGGUCCUCUGUGGAGUUUACGACCACCAGCAGCGCUACGUGGCAACGUUUUUAUGAGGCCAGUUUGAAUGAAGGUGGACGACGCGUCUCCACUUCCUCCCACUGUACAAGAACGAAGACAAAAUAUCGCAGGUUUCAGGCGCCGGUGACAUCAUUUGGAGCGAAAGUGGAGCGGAGCCGCGGUAUCGAGGACAAGCGACCACAUCAUAUAAAUCAGUAAAACAAAACCUAACACUUGAACAUUAUUUGAAGAAAAAAAUUCUUUGACAUGUACUUUGGCUUUUUAGAUUGCUCCAUAUCACAUCCGCUAACAUGGUCUUAUGACCUUUACUGCAGCCGGCCACCAGGGGGCGAUCGAGACGUUUUGUCUUCAUUUUUGGGGGAGCCGUCAUGUCGUCCAUCGUCGUAUACAGUUUGUACAUCCAUCACGCUAAUUUGCUAAUUUACAGUUUGUGGCAGUAAAGCGGCCAACAAAUGUAGCAACACCCCAACAAAAACGAAAGGACGACCGGCUAGCCAGCUGCUGGUCGUCUUUUCGCUGGCUGCUAGCGAGCGAACAUGGAUGAACAUGGAUGAACAUGGAUGCGUCUGUGGUAAAUAAUUGAACGCUCCAAAUCACAGAUCAUCAAAAUUGUUUGGUUUUGAUCACGGCCACUUUAUUUCUGUCGGAUGAACUCAAUAGUUGACUCGCGUUCAUUGCUGCGUCCACAACCUCAUGUUCUGCUGCCAAAGCUGACGGGCGCAACGAUGACGACGCGUUGCCAACGUGUCAACUCCACAGGGAACCUUUAACCUUUAACCUUUGACCUUUAACGACUGCUCUCAAUCCUGUGCCGCUAAAAAACUGUUGAAUCCGGUUUGUUUCCGAGAAGCAGCUGCUGUAUCCCGAACUGAGACACGAAGCCAUACUGCAUGGACUGACGUUUACAUGUCAGUGACUACUACACUGAUAGCCAUAGUAUUACAGUACUCGCCCAGCCGAACGCAGCCCACGCGCUCUAAUCGAGGGUUUGAUUCCCGUACGUUGCGCCCGUCGUGCUCGUGAGGUAGAUCGUCGGCGAAGGGUCCGAAAAUGCCGAUCGCUGUUUCCAGUUGACACAUUCCUCAGACUGUGCCGCCUGUUCCUUUUCUAUCCUACUACUCCUCGUCAUACAGUGGGGGGGGGGGGGGGGGCUGUGAAACCGGCCUCGAUCGAAUGUUUCCUGGCAACACGGAGAGAUGGAGUGUGCAGACGGGGGUUCUGUAUCUGGGGGGGUGGGGGGGGGGGGUUUGUGUCCAGGAAGCGUUUUGCCUCGAGACGCGUCGUCACACGACACCGAGCCAACGGAGAAUCUGACCCGACAUCAAGGCCGUAACUCUCCCCGUCUGUGGCCGUGUUCCUUUUCUAUCCUUUAACUGAGUGCAUGUCAACUGAAUGUCCAGUAACUUCUUUGCUGUAGUGUUAUUAGGCGAUGCUACUCUUCGAUGGGUUUUGUGCAUUUCUUACCUUCUUUCUUUUUCUAGUAUUCCUAUGAGGGAGACAAGAGACUAAAAAAAAAUCUAUUAUAUGAAAUAUACAGUAUAUGACUAGAAAAAAAAAAUGGCAUACAUGAAUGAACACUUUUAUGGCAAUGUUUAAUGAGAUAUUAAUUCUUGUAUGUAUGUUUCAGUAAACAGCUUUCUCUUCUUAAGUCUGGAGACUUAUUGCAGGGAUGCAAGUAUUAUAUUUGGUCUUUAAAGAAUUAUCUUGUUGAAAUUCUAGAUGAUGUAGAGUGAUGCAAUUCAAUAAAACUGAAAAACAGAAAAGAAAA